CAUCUCACCCAGCACAGCUCCUCUCUCUGAUCCAGAGUCCAGCACAACUCCUCUCUCUGAUCCAGAGUCCAGCACCUCCUCUCUCUCUGCUUGCAGUCUCCAGUCAAAAUGAACACAGCGAUGAAACUGAGCGCUCUGCUGAUCCUCGUGCUGCUCUGCUCUCUGGAGCGUGUCUCUUCUACUGAGGGCGCUAACACGGGGGUGGGCUGCUGCACAAAAUAUGAAACAAAGAAGAUCCCACUAGCAAUGGUGGUCUCCUGGCAUAAAACCAGCAGCAGCUGUGCCAAAGCAGCCUAUGUGUUUGUUACCAAACGCGGAAAGCGCAUAUGUGUGGAUCCUACUCUUGAUUGGGUGAGGAGCCACGCAGCUCAGGUGGACAGCAGGUCAGCCACCACUGUAGCGCCAGGAACCAGCAAGAUGAACACUAAAGCCUAAGGCCAGCCCUAACACCCCAGCGGGCUGUCAAUCUGUACGAAGACUUCCUGUUGGACACUGCGAUGGGACACACAAGAACAUAAGAGAGGAAUGUGUCUAAUUACAUCUGAUAUUCCUGGAUUUCAUUCAUGCAAUAUUGUCUGUUCUUUUCCUGUUCAUAAUGCAUUGUUUCUUUUCCUACAUUCAUUUUUCUGUUUUAUAAGUUGUACAUAAAAUUUUUCCAGGUAACUUAUUAAAUGCUUUUGUAACAAA